AUGGCGGCAGAAUCCGACUACAUUUUGCUUGAGUCGAUAAGGCGACACUUACUAGGGGAAUCGGAGUCGUGGCUCAGCGAGUCGACGGCGAGUUCGGUGGCUCAGUCUGGUACGACCGUUAAACCGGUGUACGGAAGAAACCCUAGCUUCAGCAAGUUGUACCCUUGUUUCACUGAGAGCUGGGGAGACUUGCCGUUGAAAGAAAACGACUCGGAGGACAUGUUGGUCUACGGUACCCUUAACGACGCAUUCCACGGCGGAUGGGAGCCGUCAUCUUCAUCCUCCGACGAAGAACGAAGCUCCUUUCCGGUGGUUAAAACCGAGAAGUUCACGGCGGUGGAUUCUGUUCCAGCGAAGAAGAAGAGUCAGGUUAAGGCUCCGGAGAAAGGGAAGCAUUAUAGAGGAGUGAGGCAGAGGCCGUGGGGGAAGUUCGCGGCGGAGAUAAGGGAUCCGGCCAAGAACGGAGCUAGGGUUUGGUUGGGGACGUUUGAGACGGCGGAAGACGCUGCGUUGGCUUACGACAGAGCUGCUUUCAGGAUGCGUGGUUCCCGCGCUCUUUUGAAUUUUCCGUUGAGGGUUAACUCGGGAGAACCCGACCCGGUUCGGGUUAAGUCAAAGAGAGGUUCUUGCUCUGACAACGGAGCUACGAAGCGGAGAAGAACGGUGGCUUCUGGUAACGGCGUCGGUCAAGGAGCAGAUAUGGGGUUGAAGGUCAAGUGUGAGGUUGUUGAAGUGACACGUGACGAUCAUUUAUUUGUUCUUUAGUUUUGUAAUUUUCUUUGUUGGAUAAAAUUUUACCUAAAAAUGGUGGAGAAACUGAAGAGUGGGAAAUAAAUCAUUUAUUUAAAUGUUUAACCUUCUUCUUCCAAUCAUCCAAUUAUUAGUAGGGUAAAAAAGAAUUGACAGGAAAUAACAUUCAUAGAAAACAAAAUAUCUAUCAAAUAUACAUAUUUGUUGUGGAAUAAAGAAGGUUUUUGUAACUCUGUAUAUCUUAUUC